AAACCUGUGUCCGUGGAAGUGCUCUGGUUCUGCGUUAGCAAAGGAGCUAUCAUCUUGUCUGACAGCAUCACAUUUGGAGACUGGCAAUGGCGGAAUACACAGUAGCAGUGACCACGGGCAGCAUGAUCCACGCGGGUACAAUAGGCCGCGCCUACAUCACCCUUAUUGGGGCCAAGGGUGAGAGCGAGAAGACUCUCCUCCACAACUUGGGGAAUUUCACCACUGGAACAACGGGGACCUUCACAGUGUCCACCCCCUCCAGCCUGGGCCCCCUGCUCCUGGUCAAGCUGGAGAAACACCAAUACCUGAUGGUGGAUGACGAGUGGUUCUGCUCCAAGGUGCAGGUGAGUACACCUGAGGGAGAGCUGGUCCACUUCCCCUGCUACACGUGGCUGUCAUCAGGAGAGGAGAUUCAAAUCAGACAUGGCAGAGUUCAGCAUGUCUUCAAUGAGGAGGAGGCUAUACUGAUCAACCACAGGGAGAGACAGCUGGCCACCCGUAAACUAAACUACCAGUGGAGGCCAUUCAUGGAGGGUCUGCCUGAUGUUAUUAAUGCUGAUGAAGCCUUAGACCUUCCGGAAGAGAUCCGAUUCUCUGUCACUAAGAGCGCAGAGAUCUUCUACACACAAACGCAAAUUUUAGGCAUACUCGGACUGAAGGGCCUGACAGAUGACACCAGUCAGUGGAAAAGUUUUGAGGACAUCAAACAGGCCUUCAGUCACCACACAACGCCCAUCUCAGAGUACAUCGCAGAGCACUGGAAGGAAGAUGAGUUCUUCGGCUACCAGAUCCUGAAUGGCUACAACCCCAUGGCCAUCCAGCGCUUGAAUGGGUUGCCCUCCAAGUUUGCUGUAACAGACGCCAUGGUGAAACCGUUCCUGGAGAGUGGAAGCUCCCUUUCCACUGAGAUGCAGAAGGGCAAUAUUUUCCUGCUCGACUACAGGAGAAUCGCGGGUUUGCCGACACCAGUCAUCCAUGGCAAGCAGCAGUACAUAGCUGCCCCCCUCUGCCUGCUCUACAAAAACCCACAGGACAAACUGCUGCCCAUCGCUAUUCAGCUGAACCAGGAGCCGGGCCCAGACAACCCUGUCUUCCUGCCCAGCGACUCAGAGCACGACUGGCUCCUGGCCAAGAUGUACCUGAGGAACGCAGACUUCCAUGAGCACGAGGUCAACUCGCACUACCUGCGCACACACGGCCUCUCGGAGGUGUUCAUCAUCUCCACACUGAGGAACCUGCCCACGCCGCACCCCCUCUACAAGCUGCUGAUGCCACACACGCGAUACACUCUUCACAUCAACACCACGGGUCGGGACAAACUCUUUGGACCUGAAGGAAUCUACACCAAGGCCACAAACCUUGGGGGUCAGGGCAAGUUUGACCUUUUGAAGAGAUGGUUCUCUGAGGUGACCUACAGCUCCCUCUGUCUGCCGGAGGACAUCAGCGACCGUGGCCUGAAGUCCAUCCCCAACUUCUACUACAGGGACGACGGCCUGAAGCUGUGGCACAUCUUAAGCAGGUAUGUGUGCAGCAUGGUGGAACACUACUACCCCUCAGACCAGGAUGUCCAGCAAGACUCAGAGCUCCAGAUCUGGAUCAAGGACAUCUUCAUCCACGGCUUUCAAGGGCAAACAAGAACAGGGAUCCCGGACAGGUUUUGCACAGUGGAAGAAGUCAUCAGGUUUGUCACCAUGGUGAUCUUCAACAUGUCUGCUCAGCACUCCGCUGUCAACACGGGACAGUUUGAUUAUGGCGGCUGGCUGCCCAACUCCCCAAACUCCAUGCAGAAGCCACCACCCACCACUAAGGGGAACUCUACUGAGCAGACUCUCCUCGACACCCUGCCUGACAUCAGCACCUCAGCCAAUGGUGCUGUGUUUCGAUGGCUGCUCAGCACUAACGCAGUGGACUUUAUUCCACUUGGCUGUUUCCCCGACGAGCACUUCUGUGAGGACGCCCCCUUGAGGAUCAUUGAGACACUGCAGGCAGAUCUGGCCAAGCUGACUCGGCAGAUUGCGGAGCGGAACAGCAGCAAUGCCCUGCCUGUGCCGUACUUCUACCUCUGCCCAACAAAAAUGGAAAACAGUGCAAGCAUAUGAAACAGUUGCUAAGCCUCCCACAUAUGGCGACCCAGGUUCAAGUCUGGCCUGCCCUCCCAUCUCUCUCUCCCACUCUCUCCCCGUCAUACUCUUGACUGUCCUAUAAUCAAUAAAGACAUAGAAGCCUUUAUAAAAUAGUAUAGUGCCUUCUCUGGUUUUCUUAUUGGUAUUGAAGAGAGAACAGAAAAGCAAUGGGUACAUUCUUUUGAGUUGUUAAUCUACAUAAAUAAAUUUCAAGUGGACAAUGAC